AAAACUUCUCCGAGCUGGGGAACCUGCAGUUGCAUCUCCUACUUUUGAGCAUUUACAGUUUAAUACUCCACCACUUUUAAUUGGAAAGUCCAGUACUGAAAACGAGAAGAAAAAAGAAACGAAAGGCGCUAUGUUAAAACUUACUAAACCUCAAGUAGAAAUGUUGAGGGAAAAAGCAAAUCAAGGAAGAAGUAUUGAGGAUAGUAAAGAGCGUAGUUACACGCGUUAUGAAGUUGUGACUGCUCAUAUAUGGAGAUGUGCAUGUAAGGCAAGAGGUCAUAAAUUUGAGCAGCCUACAAAUUUAUGCAUUUGUGUUAACAUACGUAAAAAAAUGGAUCCACCUUUGCCUAAUACCUACUUUGGCAAUGCCAUCGUUGAUGUCAUUGCCACCGGGGCCUCAGGUGACAUUGCCUCGAGCCCAUUGGAGUGUACUGCUAAAAGGGUUAGGGAAGCUAUUAAUUUGGUGACAAGUGAUUACGCAAACUCAACGAUUAAUUUCUUGAAAAAACAAGAGGAUUUGUCAAUAUAUCAAGAUAUUCAUGCAUUUAGAAACAAGGAGGGUCCUUUCUAUGGGAAUCCUAAUCUUGGUGUGAUAAGUUGGAUAAGUUUGCCAGUAUUGGGGUUGGAUUUUGGAUGGGGCAAAGAGAUACAUAUGAGCCCAGGAAUUCAUGAGUAUGAUGGUGAUUGUGUUAUACUACCAGAGAAUGAAGGGGAUGGAUCUUUGACUGUUGCAAUUGUUCUUCAACUUGCUCAUGUCGAUGCUUUCGAGAAAUUUUUCUAUGAAGAUAUUGAAUGUUGAAAAAAGAGAGUAAAGAUUUAUGAGAAGAAAGGGAAACAAAUC